GGAGCGCCGCGUCACGUCCGGCAGACUUAGAGCCCGUGCGGAGGCGGUGCGGAGCGCUUCGGUACUCAGCGGUUCGGGAAGCUGUGCGUUCUGUGAGGCUGCGGCGGAGCCUCCGUAUAGAAGGCGCAAGAGGUUGGCAGCCUCGAUUGAAGCACGUCGAGCGGCGACAGCAGCUAGGAGUCAUGAGCGACAGCGGCGAGCAGAACUACGGCGAGCGGGAAUCCCGUUCUGCUUCCAGAAGUGGAAGUGCUCAUGGAUCUGGGAAAUCUGCAAGGCAUACCCCAGCAAGGUCUCGCUCCAAGGAAGAUUCCAGGCGUUCCAGAUCAAAGUCCAGGUCCAGAUCUGAAUCUAGGUCUAGAUCCAGAAGAAGUUCUCGAAGGCAUUACACAAGAUCAAGAUCUCGGUCCCGCUCCCAUAGACGAUCCCGUAGCAGGUCUUACAGUCGAGAUUAUCGAAGACGGCAUAGCCACAGUCAUUCUCCCAUGUCUACUCGCAGGCGUCAUGUUGGGAAUCGGGCAAAUCCUGAUCCCAACUGCUGUCUUGGAGUAUUUGGAUUGAGCUUGUACACUACAGAAAGAGAUCUAAGAGAAGUAUUCUCUAAAUAUGGCCCCAUUGCUGAUGUGUCUAUUGUAUAUGACCAGCAGUCUAGACGUUCAAGAGGAUUUGCCUUUGUGUAUUUUGAAAAUGUAGAUGAUGCCAAGGAAGCAAAAGAGCGUGCCAAUGGAAUGGAGCUUGAUGGACGUAGGAUCAGAGUUGAUUUCUCUAUAACAAAAAGACCACAUACCCCAACGCCAGGAAUUUACAUGGGGAGACCUACCUAUGGCAGCUCACGCCGUCGGGAUUACUAUGACAGAGGAUAUGAUCGAGGCUAUGAUGAUCGAGACUACUACAGCAGAUCAUACAGAGGAGGAGGUGGAGGUGGAGGAGGAUGGAGAGCUGCUCAAGACAGGGAUCAGAUUUACAGAAGGCGGUCACCUUCUCCUUAUUAUAGUCGUGGAGGAUACAGAUCACGUUCCAGAUCUCGAUCAUAUUCGCCUCGUCGCUAUUAAAGCAUGAAGUUGAAGAUUUUCUGAAACCUACCCUAGAGUUGGGAUAUUGUUUGUGGACAAUAUUUUUUAUUGUCUCCUGUUUAAAAAGUGAACAGUGCCUAGUGAAGUUAGGUGACUUUUACACCUUUUAUGAUGACUACUUUGGUGGAGUUGAAAUGCUGUUUUCAUUCUGCAUUUGUGUAGUUCGGUGCUUUGUUCAAAGUUAAGUGUUUUCAGAAAAGUAUGUUUUGCAUGUAUUUUUUUACAGUCUAAAUUUUGACUGCUGAGAAGUUUCUAUUGUACAAAACUUCAUUUAAAAAGGUUUUUCUACUGAAUCCAGGGUAUUCUGAAGAUCGAAGCCUGUGUGUAAAAUGCUACCAAAUGGUAAAAAGCAACAAUAAAGUUUGGUUUUUACUUUUCUUUCUAACAUCAAUGCUUAGCAAAACUGUUCAGAUUAGGUUGUGUCAGUAGUAAAUUUCAAGACAAAAAUACCCAUUUUCCUCCAAUCCAUGAAACAUUAUACGUAAUAUACCUGCAACUAAGUGUUAAAAAUUAUGCUCUGUAACCCUGUACUGCUAGUACUAGAACUAAAGAACUUUCAAUACAGCCAAUGCUUAAUGCUUAUAUAAAUGUGGAUUUGUCAGCCUUUAUGUAAUCUGUAUCAUAUAAAGCAGGGGAUAAGAAAAGAGGUACACAAUGUAUGCCUUCAAAAGGCUAUUUCUUAAAGCUGUUACAAGGGGAUAAUGGUAUUUCAACUAGUUAUCAGCAAGUGACAAUACAUUCCACCACAAAUGUACUCUUGUUGUUCUAGCUUUUAGACUACGGAAAAAAUUAAGUGCUUCAGAGUUCGGGAAAAAAAGGGAACACUACACCUGUGUUGUGGAUGAACUGAAGACUUUGCCUGUUCAUUUUUUAAAUAUUAUUUUCAGGUCCUUUGCUUACCAAAGGAAGCCCAAUUUCACUCAAAUGUUUUGAGAACUGUGUUUAAAUAAAUGCAAAUGAAAAGAGUAAAA